UUCUCUCCCUCACGAUGUCUUACCACCGACAAGGAGGCAACAGGUCGACUCCUCCUCCCCGUCUGCCUCCUCCUCGCCUUCAUCUUCGGCCUCCAGUACAAGCUUGACAGAGUCUGGAGGACCCAUGAGCGGUCUGACGAUUAUUGUCCCUUUGGCUUUCCUAGUCGGCGCAGGUAUCAUUGCUGGUAUUCUCGUGAGUGCGAGCACACUACGUCUUGUGGCAUCGAAAACACCGAAAUGAUCCUCCUCCCGUCCGUCGUAUGCCCGCCGUCCGACCCCGACAGUAUCUGUCAAGACAAGAGAGCGGAGCAAGUGUCCGCAGUCUACCCAGGUAUUCGAUUCAAGCGGGAGAGCAAGAGUUGGUCUUGGCCAGACAAUCAUCCAAUUUGGCCGAAGAGCUGUAUCGACAAAAUCGCAUUCCCAACUCCGGCGAGAGCGCAGAUCACCAGCUCCCAACCGGAGGCAGUAUCAUUGGAUCCCUCAUGCGCACCGUGACAUCUACCAGUCUCAGUCGAGGACCGGCACCUUCUUACCUGGAAGCUACUGUCUCUUCGACCCAAGGCUCCGAUGUCGAGCGCGGAACAAUCGAGCGUGUGCCAACAAAUCAGAAGGAAGCUAGUCAACCCAGCAGCGGUUUCAGACGAUUCUUCACCAUGCCUCGUUUCGGCGGCAAAUCUCAACCGACUCAACGUUCCACCGAUGUACCAGAGAUGACUCAAUUGGCGGUCCCCAGACCAGCCGUUACGACCACACGUGCUCAUGUCGACUCACACUCGCAACCUCGCAAUUCGUCUCAGUCACUUCUCCUUCGCCCACUCGAUUCGCGUCACUCGACCGACUCGUCAGGUUCUCACGGACGACACAGUACCAUAGGGGGCAGUCCCUCCUUCCGGACCUCUUACGACGCUCCUAGAGCUGGAUUCACACCGGAUCAAAUGAGAUUCUUAAGCGCCCAUGAGGGAAUCGAUUUGACCAGAGUACAUAUCGGUGCGCAGGAAAGCGGUGGCGCUCGGAUCCCUCCACCGCGUUUUGAGGAGGUGGAAUCAAAUGGAUCGCGGGGUGUGGAGGUCGUUACCGGCGCGAGUGAGGGCGAGGGGUCUCCAGUCGCUCCUGUCAGAACGCUUCUAGCAUCAAGGGGUCAAGCUGAGCGAGGGGAAUCCGGCGGAAGGGAGAGCAGGCCCCAAUGAGAAUGACGCCAUGUGCUGAAUCUUCCCACUUUUUACAUGUAGAAUACUGUUCACGAUCAUAUGACGAGUAAUCUUUGUAGCCAGAGCAUCUCA